AUGCUCAGCUCUCGUUUUGCCCACAUGGGUUUAAGAUGGCGGCGCCGGGACUGAGGAUUUUUUAGUUCACACGUGUGGCUGGCGGGUGCGCGCGAGUUCGGCAGCUUCGAGCUCCCGCUUGUUGCUAUCACAAUGAGAAACUUGAAGUUAUUGCGAAUGCGAGAGUAUGGGCCUAUUCAGGCUCUUGGGAGUCCCCAGCACUUCUGCCUCUGUGGAGACCGAGAGACGGUGCUCAUUGGCUCAGAGUAUGGGAUCCUGGAGCUGGACCUUGCCACACAACAGGUAAUAAAUGAAAUUUCCUUGACUGUGGGAGGCUUUCUCUCAGAAGAUGGAAGUAGCCACAUUGUGGGUAUUGAGGACCUGCCAGAUCAGGAGUCUGUGUGCAUUGCUACAGCAGCUGGAGAUAUCAUCCUGUGCAAUCUCAGCACAAAGCAGCUGGAAUGCGUUGGGAGCGUAGACAGUGGUCUGACCACCAUGAGCUGGAGUCCUGACCAAGAGCUAGUUCUGCUUGUUACAGGUCAGCAAACCCUCAUCAUGAUGACAAAGGAUUUUGAACCAAUUACUGAAAGUCUUAUCCACCAGGAUGACUUUGGGGAAGGGAAAUUUAUUGGAAUUGGCUGGGGCAAGAAGGAGACGCAGUUCCAUGGAUCAGAAGGGAAGCAGGCAGCUCAUCGCAAGCAAAUGGAAGUGCCACUUGCGUCACCAUGGGAUGAUGGUAGGCCUCGAGUGACCUGGAGAGGGGAUGGACAGUUUGUUGCCGUAGGUGCCGUCUGUCUGAAGACAGGGGCCCGGAAGGUCAGAGUGUGGAGCAGAGAGCUUGUCCUUCAGUCAACAAGUGAGCCUGUCCCAGGAUUAGAACAAGCCCUGGCCUGGAAGCCUUCCGGGAGCCUCAUAGCAUCCACACAGGAGAAGCCCAACAAGCACGAUAUUGUCUUCUUUGAAAAGAAUGGACUUCUUCAUGGGGAGUUUACCCUUUCCUUUCAGAAGGGGCAGGUCAAGGUUAAUGAGCUGCUCUGGAACUCAGACUCGACUAUCCUGGCAGUGUGGCUGGAAGAUCUUCAGAACAAGAACUGCUCCAAGCCAAGCACUUAUGUCCAGCUGUGGUCAACAGGGAACUACCACUGGUACCUGAAGCAGAGCCUGCAUUUUGGCAGUUCCAAGAGAAGCCAGCUUGUGUUGCUGUUGUGGGACUCGGAGAUCCCGUAUCGGCUGCAUGUCCUCUGCAGAGGUUGGCGCUAUCUCUGCUAUGACUGGCAUUGGAGCACUGACCACAGUACUGGAGAGGAGAGCUGCCACUCGGCAAGCGUGGCUGUCAUUGAUGGAGACAAGGUGCUGGUGACAGCAUUCCAGCAUGCGGUGGUGCCCCCGCCCAUGUGCACGUUCCAGCUCCAGCUCCCACAGGCUGUCAAUCAGGUCAUGUUCCACGCUGAUCCCUGGGCGAGCAGAGAUCUGGCUAUCUUUGAUGCUGACAACAGGAUCUCUGUGUACAGAUAUGGUGAAUGCACUGUGCAGGACUCCACUGUCAAACUGGCAGCGCUGGGAGGAAGCGGAUUCAAAGCUGCCGUGGAAACACCAUGCUUGGUGAAAACCUACAGGGUGGACCUGGGCUGCUGUGAGGAUGGAGAAAUGAACCCACUGAAGCUCCGUCUUCUCACCUGGCUGCAAGAUGACACAUUCUUGGCUGUUAGCCAGGGGAAGCUGGUCUCUCAGUCCAUCCUGCACCAUCUGAAUGUGGCACCAUCCUCAGCAGGGGCCACGGUGGAGGAAGAAGGGAUCCUGGAUCUUGGCCUGGCUGUGCCUGUGGAUGGGGAAGUGAUCAGCCUGUGCUACAACCCAAAGACCAAGACAGUAGCCCUGCAGCUGGCUGAUGGGCAGAUAUUGAAGUACCUCUGGGAAGCUCUCCGUCCAGCACUCAAGCCCUGGAGGAACAGUAGUGGCUCUGCUGUCCGCUUUCCUACCCCUUGCGUGCAAACUGCCCUGGUCACGAUUGACAGAGAAGAUGCAAUCCUGGGUCUGAGUGACCGAUGCCGCUUUUUCAUUAAUGAUAUUGAGGUGGCUUGCAACAUCACUUCAUUUGUGACAUAUGAUGAGUUUCUGCUGGUGACCACCCACUCCCACACCUGCCAGUGCCUCUCCCUGAAGGAUGCAUUACUGAAAGGUCUGCAGGCCAGUGAGAGUGGCAUCUCCAUUCCCAACAGUGAGAGCCUACGCAAAGUGGAACGGGGCUCCAGGGUUGUCACUGUCGUACCACAGGACACUAAACUUGUGCUGCAGAUGCCUAGAGGGAACUUGGAGACCAUUCACCACCGAGUCCUGGUUCUAGCUCAGAUCCGGAAGUGGCUGGACAGACUUAUGUUCAGAGAAGCAUUUGAGUGUAUGAGGAAGCUGAGAAUCAAUCUCAAUCUCCUUUAUGAUCACAAUCCCAAGGUUUUCCUGGAAAAUGUAGAAACCUUCAUCAAGCAAAUAGAUUCUGUGAAUUACAUCAACUUAUUUUUCACUGAGCUAAAAGAUGAAGACUUCACAAAGACUAUGUACCCAUCUCCAGUUGGCAGCAUUGUCCAGCCAGUACUGUGUCCUACCCAGAAAAAAGUCGAUCUUGUUUGUGAUGCAAUGAGAGCUGCCAUGGAAAAGAUUAACCCCCACAAAUAUUGUCUAUCAAUACUGACAUCCUAUGUGAAAAAAAGUACCCCAGAACUGGAAGUCGCCCUCCAGAAAGUGCAUGAGCUGCGAGAGACUGCUUCGCUGGACACUGAAACCGUCAGUGCAGAAGCAGCGCUGAAAUACCUACUCUUCCUGGUGGAUGUCAAUGAAUUGUAUGAUCAUUCCUUGGGGACCUACGACUUUGAUCUGGUCAUCAUGGUGGCAGAGAAGUCUCAGAAGGACCCUAAAGAGUACUUGCCGUUCUUAAAUGCCCUUCGGAAAAUGGAAACCAAUUAUCAGCGAUACACAAUAGACAAGCACUUGAAAAGGUACAAGAAAGCGCUCUACCACCUCAGCAAAUGUGGUUCCAAGCAUUUUUCUGAAUUUCUGAAUCUGGUCAAGGAUCAGAAUUUAUAUAAUGAAGCCCUGCAUCUGUACCCCACCAACACCCAGGAGUAUAAGGACAUCAGCAUUGCCUAUGGGGAGCACCUGAACCAGAAGCAUCUCUACGAGCAGGCUGGGCUCAUCUUUGCCCGCUGCGGUGCAUGUGAGAGAGCCCUUGAUGCUUUCCUUAGCAGUGGCAGCUGGCAGCAGGCUCUCUGCAUGGUCUCUCAGCUCGACUAUGCACCAAAUAAGUUUGCCAGCCUGGUGAAGAGCAUGGCAGGCAAACUCAUUGAGCAGAGGAGACAUGCUGAAGCAGCAGUUCUUCUUGAGCAGUACACACAGGACUAUGAAGAGGCAGUUCUCCAGCUCCUGGAUGGCGCUCUCUGGGAAGAAGCCUUGAGACUGAUUCACAAGUACAGCAGGCAAGAUAUUCUGGAGACCAACUUCAGACCUGCUAUCCUAGAAGCCCAGAAAAAUCACUUGGUGUUCCUAAAUUCCCAGCAAACUACUUUUGCUUGCUACAAAAAGCGCCUCUUGGUGGUUCGAGAGCUUAAGGAGCAGGCUCACCAGGGGCUGCUAGAUGAUGAGGUGGCACGUUGCCCCGAGUCAGACCUCCUCUCUGAAACUGGCAGCGUCAUGAUGGCCAGUGAUGCGAGCAGCAAAUACUCUCACAGUAACUCGAGGAUCUCUGUCUGCUCCUCAAAGAACCGGCGGAAGGCUGAACGCAAGAGGCACAGCUUGAAGGAGGGGAGCCCUCUGGAAGACAUUGCACUACUGGAGGCCUUAGGGGACAUUGUCCGAGCCACAGAUGCCCUGAAGGGUGAGGUCCACAGCCUUCUCAAGGAACUUGUGCUGUUUGGCUAUGAUGCACAGGCCAGAGAAUUGCAGCAGGCCCUGGAGGAGGCUUUGCAGCUGAUGGAGAGAUCACUUCCUGAGAUCUGGAGUCUGGACCUGAAGCUUACUUCUGUCAAUCCUAUCCUGGGUCCCCAUUCAACUGCCAAUAGCAUCAUGGCUGCAUAUCAACAGCAAAGGAUGACUGUCCCUGUUGUACAAGAUCCAGAACUACUUACACCUCCAAAACUGAAUAAAAGUCUCCAGUGGAAACUGAGCCUUCUGCAGUAACUCAGAAGCUAUGAGCUCCUGAUGGACUCUGGACUGUAAUUUUAUUUUAAGCUCAUUACUUCCUCUUUAUUUUGAAAACACUGUUUCUAGCAUGAUUGCCACUCCUCCCCCCCCCAUCCUAGAGGUCACAAACCCUCCUAUGGCAAAUAGGCAGGGAUGCGUAUAGCCUUGUGUAAAGCGGCCCCCAGCACUGCUGUGUGCUUUCAGCAUCCACCAUCCCUGUUCCUCUGGCUUCAUUGAGUAGUUCCACUGCAUUGCCAAGGCAACCCCAGCAUCAGUUGUCCUUCCACCAGGAGUAGAAUUGCUAUCAAGACAGUCUGAAUUUUUUUAGUGUCUUAGAGAAUCAGGGGAGCAGAACCCACAAAGCGACAUUUUGCUAAGCCAGAAUAGUGCAGCAUUUACAUAUUAAAAUGGACAUGACCAGCAUGUCCACAACAUCAAGCUUGCCUUUCAGUGUUCAGUGGUUAGUGUUUUGUAAUGGGGAAGUUGGCCAGGAUCUGUUUUAUCCUGAACCAGAGUUCAUCCAGAAUCAAUUCACUGGCUGUGGCAGUUACUGUGCACUGGGAAGUUAAAGUCCUCAGCUGGCUGUGCCAGUACACAUCAUCACAACCCUGGCGCUGUGGACUUGGAAGUAGAAUGUGGGCAUCUCUGCAGAAAGCCUGAGCCUGGAUGUGGAGCAUGAGCUCAGUACCCCUUGUUUUGCCUUGCUCAUGCACCUCUGUUGCUGUGGCCAGUAUCUAAGUUGGGCAGUUUAAUGCUAGCUUGAGUUGCUUCUGCACUCCUUUGCAGUCACUUCAGCAACAGCUAGGUAAACAUACUUGUGGCACAUUGUGUGGCAUCAGAAUAAUGAUUGAUGGAGAAACAUCUUCUAAACAGUGAAGGUAAUAAAGGCUGCAGUAUGUAAACUGAA